AUGGCGACAAGGUACUGGGUAGUUUCUCUCUCCGUUCAAAACUCCGCAACUUCUCUGUGGAGUCGAUUGCAAGAAUCCAUCUCAAAGAACGCCUUCGAUACUCCUCUACAUCGGUUUAAUAUUCCAAAUCUCCGUGUGGGAACACUAGAUUCGCUUUUAGCACUCAGUGAUGACCUUGUGAAGUCGAAUAGUUUCAUUGAAGGAGUGUCACAGAAGAUACGCCGUCAGAUCGAAGAAUUGGAGAGGGUUUCUGGUGUGGUCAGUAGUUCAUUGACAGUCGAUGGGGCUCCUGUUGAUUCAUACCUCACCAGAUUUGUGUGGGAUGAGGCGAAGUUCCCAACAAUGUCGCCUCUUAGAGAGACUGUGGAUGGGAUUCAUGUAUCAAUAGCCAAGAUAGAGGAUGAUCUUAAGGUUCGCGUUGCUGAGUACAACAAUGUCCGCAGUCAACUCAAUGCCAUAAACAGAAAACAAACUGGAAGCUUGGCUGUUCGUGACCUGUCCAAUUUAGUGAAGCCAGAGGAUGUCAUUAUAUCAGAACAUUUGGUGACCCUUCUUGCAGUUGUUCCUAAGUAUUCACAGAAGGAUUGGUUGUCAAGCUAUGAAACGCUCACGACCUAUGUGGUCCCCAGAUCCUCCAAGAAGUUACAUGAGGACAAUGAAUAUGCUCUUCAUACUGUAACAUUAUUCCAUCGCGAUGCUGACAAUUUCAGAAGUAAGGCACGCGAUCGAGGUUUUCAAAUUCGUGAUUAUGAACAUAAUCCAGAAACGCAAGAAAGCCGGAAGCAGGAGGUGGAAAAACUAAUGCAAGACCAGGAUACAUUUAGGAGCUCUCUUUUGCAGUGGUGCUAUACCAGUUAUGGGGAGGUCUUUAGCUCCUGGAUGCACUUCUGUGCUGUACGUGUCUUCGUGGAAAGCAUUCUGAGAUAUGGCUUGCCACCAUCGUUUUUGUCUGUUGUAUUGGCACCUUCUGUGAAAAGUGAGAAGAAGGUGCGUGCUAUCUUGGAGGGACUGGCCGACAGUUCAAACAGCAAUUUCUGGAAAAGUGACGAAGAAGGAGGGAUGGCCGGUUUUGGAGGCGAAGUGGAUGCCAAUCCUUACGUCGCCACCACCAUAAAUCUCAUUUGA